AUGAGAUUUGUGCUGAAGUGGAUCAAGUGGAUAAAAUUUUGUAUAUCUUCAGUGAAAUUCUCUGUUUUGAUUAAUGGUACAACAACAAGAUUCUUUGGAGCUCAAAGGGGCCUUAGGCAGAAUGAUCCUCUGUCCCUUUUCCUGUUUUUGCUAGUGAUGGAGGGAUUUAACAACAUGCUCAAAACAUCUAACACAAAUGGCUGGUUGAGAGGUUUUGAUGUGGCCAAUGAUGGAAGGGAAAGUAUAGAGGUGACUUAUUUGCAAUAUGCAGGUGACAUACCCAUCUUUUGUGGGGUUGAAGAAGAACAAUUCAAAUAUCUGAGAGUAAUAUUGAUCCUGUUUGAAGGAAUCUCUGGGUUGCAUAUUAGUUGGAGAAAGAAUUUUCUUUAUCCCAUUAAUAAAGUACAUAACAUGGAGGCACUAAACUUAAUCCUAGGUGGACAAGUUGGGGCUCUCCCAACUACAUACAUUGGGAUGCUGUUGGGUGCUAAAUCAAUGACUAAAGUGAUCUGGAGCAGUGUAAUAGAAAAAUGUGAGAAGAAACUGACUGAAUGGAAGGGGUAA